AUGCAAGCAGCUCCCCACUCCAUCACAUCCGAGGACGCAGCACACCUCAAAUCCCGUGAAGCUCGCGCAACCGGACAAGCUCAGCCUCCUGCAGAUUCCAUCAGUGCAGAAGCGCAGCGAUUGGCGGCGGAGAAUGAAGGGGCGACCAAAUCCAAGGCCUCAACGACGUCGACGGAUCCUGUGGAGCAGUCGGUGGAGGAUCGGGUGAAGAAUUUUGAGAAGGUUGCUGCAGAUAUGGCCGAGAAGCUGGAGAGGAGUCCGGAGAGUGUGACGAAGGAGGAUGCGGGAGUUGUGCAUUCCAGAGAGCAGAGAGCUUUUGGGAGUACGGCGAAGGGAGGCAUUGCGAGUGAGGUGCACAAGGUUGCUGACGAGAAUGAGAAGCAGAGGUGA